AUUGUUUCAGGGCCAAGACCAUAUGUGACUGUAGAUGAAAAGGGAGAUCGAGUCUAUCAUUGUGACACUUGUGAUGCAACAAUGAAAAACAACCAUCAAUUUUUCUCCCACAUGAGAGAUCACCGUGGACCAAAACCAAUAAGAUGUACAAUGUGUCCAUUUGAAGCAAAAGAUCUUCAUACUUGGACUGCACAUAUGAUUUGUCACAAAGAGCAAAAAAAUUACGAAUGUCACAUUUGUCAUUUUCGUUGUAAAAGUAAGAUGACCCUGAUUGGUCAUCGUUUAACACAUGAUAAAAGUAAAUUCCACAUUUGCCAUAUUUGUGGUACAAAAGUAAAGACAUCAGGUAUGCUGAAUCGGCAUUAUUAUAUACAUAAAGAAACAAAGCCACAUGUUUGCCAGGAAUGUGGAAAAGCUUUUUGCGAUCUUAGUAGGCUGAAUUCUCAUAAGAGAGAACAUGGCCGACAUUUUGUCUGUGAGGUCUGUGGAAGAAGAUUUGGACGCAAGGACAAUUUAACAGUUCAUGAGAGAAUUCACACUGGAGAGAAACCAUAUGAAUGUAAAAAUUGUGGAAAGAGAUUUGCACAAAUGAACUCAUUGCGUUGUCACUCAAAGAAUUGUGAAAGAGGAGAAAUGGAAUAAAAGAAACCUCAAUGAGAUUUUACUAGAUACUCUAAGAGCGAGGAGGAAAAUUCUUAAUAAAUGGAGUAUAGUUGGUUUGGCAGCAUUUUCAGUUAGGGGGAAGUCUUGGAUGAAAAUUCUACCUAGGUGAUAGCUUCACAGAGUGGUACAUAAUUCUUUUUUUUCAGGGAUUAGCCCCCCACCCCCCAAAAUAACCCCACCCCGGUAAAAUAAUUUUUUCAUUCUCAAUAACUUUAGAUAUCUUGAUGUUUGUAAGUUACAUACAUAGACAUUAUAUAUAUGAAUCAUUUGAAAAAUAAAUAAUGCUAAUCACUCCUACAGAAUUUGAAAAAUAGUACAAAGUAUGUACCCCAGGGGGCAAAUUCGUGACCCAUUUUCUUAC